UCUGCUGGGGAAGAGGAAGGAUCCUAACAAAAUUUCUAGGGUUUAAGGUUUUUAAAAUUUCCCAAUCAUCAUCGAUUCAUCAUGCUUUAAUCCAAUUCCAGAUCUAGCAUUCCACAAUCAUCACCAUCAUGUUUACUCCCCGUAGAGCUUCAAAUCUUUUUAGAACCAGACUACAUUGUUUAAGAGCAGUAGAAGCAGCAGCUCCUCCCCAAACAUAUCAAUCGAAAUCAAACAUUCUUCAUCAAAUUUCACAAAAUCAACCAAUUAAUCUUCAUCAGACCCAACCACAUCAUCGAAAUUUCUUCACAUUUCUUGGUUCUAACUCACAAUCAGAUGCAAAGAGUAACGGGGAAGAACAACAACGACAACAAGAAGAUGAAGGUGAAAAUCUGGAAGAUGGGAUCGAUGAGCUCGGUGAUUCUUCUACUAAGGAAGAAGAUGCAGUACCCAAGGCUGAGGAAAAGGAGGAGGUAAGAACUGUUUCUUUCAGUCUAUUUAAUGUAGUAGCCAGUGCACCUUCAAGGGAUGUUUAUGCAGCACUUGAUAAGUCUAUGGAAGAAAUUAAGGAAGUGGAGCAUGUUAAGAUCAGGGAAGUGUUACAUAAUCUUAGGAAAUGCAAAAUGUAUGAAUUUGCAUAUCAAUUAUCAAACUGGUUAGAAUCAAAACACUUGUUUAACUGUGAAGAGGAGAAAGAUUAUGCGACUCGCCUCGAUUUGAUUGCUAAGAGACGCGGAAUGGCAUUGGCUGAGAAGUAUAUGAACAAUUCGAUUCCGGAGACGUGUAAGGGGGAGACGGUGUAUGGGACUAUGUUGUGGAAUUAUGUUAGUGUUGGUGAUGUGAAGAAUGCUGAACAAGUGUUUGAGAAAAUGAGGGAGUUGGGGUUUCCGGUGAGUGGUUUUGUUUGUCAACAGAUGAUAUUGUUGUAUAAGAAAUUUGAUAAGAGGAAGAUAAAGAGUGUAUUGUUGUUAAUGGAGGAAAAUGAUGUGAAGCCGACUCGGUUCACUUACCUGCUGUUGAUUGAUUUGAAAGGGGAGGCUAAUGAUAUAGCAGGGAUGGAAGAGUUGGUUGAAGCCCUGAAGAGUGAUGGUUUGGAGUUAGAUAACUAUAUCCGUGCCGUUUUGGCUAGACACUAUAUUGGUGCAGGGUUCGGUGAGAAGGCAGGGGAGAUUUUGAAGGAGAUGGAAGGGGAAGGUUUGGAGGAAAAUCAUGGUGCGUGUAAGAAUUUACUUCCUCUGUAUGCGGCUCUUGGUAAGGCCGAUGAGGUUGAAAGGAUAUGGAAGGUUUGUGAAGCGGACGGUCAUGCUGAUGACUGCUUGGCUGCCAUCAGUGCUUUUGGCAAAGUGGGAAGAGUAGAAAAGGCAGAAGAAAUAUUUGAAAAAAGGAUCAAGUCAGGGAGGAAUAUCUCAUCGAAGGUUUAUACAGCUCUCAUGGAUGUUUAUGUAGACCAUAAGCUACUUGCAAAAGGUGAAGAUUUGGUAAAAAGAAUGGCAAGUUCUGGUUGUCCUAUAAAUCGGUUUCUUUGGGACUCUCUUGUGAAGCUCUACAUAGAUGCUGGGGAGGUUGAAAAAGCGGAUGCAGUUUUGCAGAAGGCUCUGCAGCAAUGGGAUAAACGAAAGAAGCCACCAUUGUAUAAGUCUUUCCAUGUGAUAAUGGAUCAAUAUUCAAGAAGAGGUGAUAUUCAUAACACUGAGAAGAUCUUUCACCAUUUAAAGCAAUCGGGUUAUGUGAGUAAAAUUUGGGAUUACCAAUCUCUUCUCCAGGCUUAUAUAAAAGCCAAAGUUCCGGCUUAUGGGUUAAGAGAGAGGAUGAUGGCUGAUAAUUUAACCCCGAACAAGUUUGUUGCUGGACAAUUGGCACAGGUCGACCCUUUCAAGAAGACGGCAAUAUCUGAUUUGCUCGAUUGAGAGAGAGCAUCCUAAUAGGGCAGCAGCAUACCCACUACUUGCAUUCUUGUGAACGACUUCUUUUAUGGCAUGUUUGAUAGGGUGAGGUUUGGGGUGUGGGUUUAAAAUUAUAAAGAAGUAAUGGUGUCGGUAUUUUAAAGGAGAGCUGUGUCUGUUAGAUUUCGACCUUGAUUUAUUGGAAAUGUAAGAACUUGGAGGAAGUUUUGUUGAUGUUGUUGCUUGAAUUUGUACUGAAGUUCAUGAGGUGUUGCUGAAGAAUAACCAAGGAUUUAGAGGCCUGUUACACCAGCCAUGAUGUUUCACUGUCCGGGAUUUCACUCUGACUUGGAUAUUUACACCAAAGUCAUCACAUACUUGGGCUUUUCUAUGCUUUUCCCAGACAGCAUUUAAAGAUUCUAGUUUCCUAGAUGGUACCCAACUUUCUUAUCACUUUAUUUUGAGUGGCAAUAUAAUAAGAAAAACAUUUCAACUUUUACUAUUAAUCUUCAUUAUAUCUUCAGUGAUCUUCUUCAUCCUCCCAAUCCACCCCUUUUAGUUAUGGCAGACAACAGUUCUGUCCCAGAGGUAAGUUUUUCAGUUCAACACUUUUUCUUUAUCUUUGUCGUUGUUUGAUUUUUCUCUUAAACAAUAAAUCUCAAACUCAAUCAGUUGUUUCUAUUUAUUAUAGUGCAAACUCAAAAAUUGAAAUAUGUAAAGACUUGUAAGGAAUAGUGUAAAA